GAAACUCAAAGCAUAUAAUAUAUUCAUCAACUCUACUUUCGCUUUGCCAUAAUUAGCAAGCUAGAAGCAAGUUAAUUAUGGCUUCCAAAUUGAUAUGUUUUUUGGUAAUCUUUUCUCUAACAUCACUUUUUAUGGGUGCUUCUAAUGCUUGGCUUAUGCAGCCAGACUUUUAUGCCUCUAGUUGCCCUAAUGUUGAACAAAUUGUGUACAAUACUAUGAAGCAAGCCGUUAGUAAGGAACCACGUAUGGGUGCAUCUAUUCUUCGCUUGUUCUUCCAUGAUUGCUUUGUCAACGGUUGUGAUGCAUCUGUACUCCUAGAUGAUACACCAACAUUUACAGGGGAGAAAACUGCUAAAGCAAAUGCAAACAACUCAAUAAGGGGUUUUGAAGUGAUUGAUGCAAUCAAGUGUAAUCUUGAAGCUGCUUGCCCCCAAACUGUAUCGUGUGCAGACAUUCUAGCUCUUGCAUCACGAGACGGAGUUAGAUUGUUAGGAGGGCCCACAUGGAAAGUACCACUAGGUAGAAGAGAUGCAAGAACAGCAAGCCUAAGCUUGGCAAACCAAAACCUUCCACCCCCACGUUCAAGCCUUGCUAACCUCACUUCCCUCUUUGCAAGACAAAACUUAAACAUCAACGAAAUGACCGCCCUCUCCGGCGGCCACACCAUCGGCCUCGCUCGUUGCAUCAACUUCCGACCCCACAUUUACAACGACACCGACAUAGAUCCCACCUUUGCAGCCACUCGCCAAGCCAACUGCCCUAAACAAGCUGGGAAUGGAGACUUCAACUUAGCCCCUCUUGAUCGUCAAACACCAAACAAAUUCGACAACGAUUAUUUUCAAAACCUUGUUCAAAAACGCGGUCUAUUACAUUCGGAUCAAGAGCUUUACAAUGGUGGUUCUCAAGAUUCCUUGGUGAAGAAGUAUAGUACUAAUCAAGCUGUUUUCUUUCAAGAUUUUGUUGCAGCGAUGAUCAAGAUGGGGAACAUUAAGCUUCUUACUGGUACUAAAGGAGAGAUUAGAAAGAACUGUCGCGUUAUCAAUUAGAUUAUUGUUAAUAUCAUCAGUUUAUUUCAUACUUCUGGUUUUAAUUACACUUGUACGUACUAUAUAUAAAUGGAAAUUUUGUGAAAAACUACCUAUUAUAGUUCAGAAUUUGCGAGAAACUACCUAUUAAAAAAAUGUUGUAAUUGACUACCUAAUUUUCGAAAAAUGUUGUAAUUUACUACCUUACGCCGGAUUAUGAAUGAGUUUGACCAAAGUUCUCCGAUGUUGACUUGGUCACUUGACCAUCACGUGACACUUAAUGACCCUUUUCUUUCACCAAGUGUCACGUGACCAAGUCAAUGCCGGAGAAUUUUGGUCAAACUCAUUCAUAAUCCGGCAUAAAGGUAGUAAAUUACAACAUUUUAAAAAAAUUAGGUAGUCAAUUACAACAUUCUUUUUAAUAGGUAGUUUCUCGUAAAUUCUAGAUUAUAAUAGGCAGUUUUUCACAAAAUUUCCUAUAUAAAUAUAUGAUUUGUAUUAAUUGUUGUUAGUGUUGUUACGUGGAAGUUGGAAUUAUAUCCGAGUGAUUUAUGGAUGUGAAAAUUGAAAA